CAGUCCAAAAACAUCAAACGCUAUACACGGUCCUGAUCGAGCCUUUCUAACAAAAGUACAUAGAAAGGUAUGAGAGUUAUCCCCUUUCUUUUCUGAUUUGAUUAAUUCGCGAACGAGCGUUCCUAGCUAAUCGACUACAGAUAAAAAGAAACAUUCACGAUGAAGUUCACAUCUACCGUCACGGCGUUGAUCGUCACCAGUGCCGCUCUGGCUCUUCCUUUCUUUCCCCCUACUCCUGCUGCUGUCCGCCGUCAGUUACCCUCGGGGUUCCCUGGGUUCCCUGAACCACCUUUCCCAUUCCCGGAACCUUCUGGAUCCCCAGAGCCUUCUUUCCCUGAGCCUCCUUUCCCGGGGCCUCCAGUCCCUACUCCUGCUGCUGUCCGCCGUCAGUUCCCGGGGUUCCCUGAACCACCUUUCCCAUUCCCGGAACCUUCAGGGUUCCCUGAGCCUCCAGUCCCUACUCCUGCCGCUGUCCGUCGUCAGUUCCCCCGGGGUUCCCUGAACCACCUUUCCCAUUCCCGGAACCUUCAGGAUUUCCUGAGCCUCCAGUCCCUACUCCUGCCGCUGUCCGCCGUCAGCUACCCUCGGGGUUCCCUGGAUUCCCUCAACCACCUUUCCCAUUCCCGGCACCUUCUGGAUCCCCAGAGCCUCCCGUCCCGGAGCCUUCGGCCCCAGCUCCCUCUACCACACCGACAGCAUCGGCGGACUCUUCUACCGGACUUGGUGCUCUUCUCUCGGGUGUGACCGGCAUCUUGGGGGCGGUGGCACAGGUCUCAGAAACUAAACCAUCGACUCAACAAUCCUCGACGCCUGCGACUCUUUCCAUAACAUAGACCAGUCAAGACGAGAUAAGACAAACGAAGUUUUUUCCCCCACUACGGUUUCAACACCCAAGUUCAGCAACAUGUCUCGAGUCUUGUAAACCGGGCAAACAGAA